CUUCCUUCCCCUCCCUCCCUCCCCGGCCCUUCCUCUCUCCGCCUGGUGCCGCCACCGCCGAGGAGGAGGAAGAGGAACAUGGCGAAAGCGGAGCAGGUCCUCAGCCUCGAACCGCAGCACGAGCUCAAAUUCAAAGGUCCUUUCACAGAUGUUGUCACCACGAACCUGAAACUCGGCAACCCUACAGACAAAAAUGUGUGCUUCAAAGUUAAGACCACAGCACCACGUAGAUACUGUGUAAGGCCUAACAGUGGAAUUAUUGAUGCAGGAACAUCAAUUAAUGUUUCUGUGAUGCUACAGCCUUUUGACUAUGACCCCAAUGAGAAAAGUAAACACAAGUUUAUGGUUCAGUCUAUGUUUGCUCCAGUUGAUACUUCAGAUAUGGAAGCAGUAUGGAAAGAGGCAAAGCCAGAAGAACUCAUGGACUCGAAACUUAGGUGUGUGUUUGAGCUACCGACGGAAAAUGAUAAGCCUCAUGACAUAGAAAUAAAUAAAAUUGUAUCCACAACUGCAACAAAGACAGAUUCCUCUGUAAUGUCUAAAUCAAUAAGUUCUUCCUUGGAUGACGCUGAAGUUAAGAAAGUAAUGGAAGAAUAUAAGAGGCUUCAAGUAGAAGUUCAGAGGUUACGGGAGGAGAAUAAACAGUUUAAGGAAGAAGAUGGACUUCGGAUGAGAAAGGCACCCCAGACAAACAACCCAAUAUCUGCUUCUGCAGCUGUUGUCAAGGAUGAAGGGCACAGCUCCAGACUACUUGCUUUGGUGGUUUUGUUCUUUGUCAUUGGUGUAAUUAUAGGAAAAAUAGCCUUGUAGAGGCAGCAUGCUGGAAAUUGUAAAUUGGUUUGAUGGUUCUGCCAUAUCAUUGGAUUAAAUUUAUUCAUAACAGUGUUUAAAAAAAAAAAAAUUAAUGUAUGACAUCUCACAGGUCUUGCCUUUAAAUUACCCCUGCACAAAUAUUAUGUAACAUAAUCUAGAAAGUUUAAAAUGUACAAUGAGGGAAUGAAUGAAAGAAUAUUCUUCAGUGAUGAAGGGGGAAGAAAAUCAUGAUUUAACACUACAAUGGAAUAUUGUAUAUGUCAUUUUAAACAUUCUUAGUCCCUGGUACAUGUUGCUGGAUGACCUCUUUUUAAAAAAAAAAAAAAGGAAAAAAAAAAAAAAAGGAAAAAUAGAAAAAACAAAAGAUUCUUCCACUGCUGGAGCUGGCCCUAUUGGAUGUUUGGAGCUGGAUUAGGCAGGAGGUGUUGAUAACUUCUGUAAAAUAUGUUAAUCCACCAUUCUGCUCAUAAAUUUAACAGUUUUUCUGUCAGUGUCUUCAACUCUGUGCAAGUUACCAAUUUCUUGACACUUAAAUGAAUAGUGAGAAGCUGGAAAGAGUUGUAUGUGGCAGUGCUGAAUGUGCCAGGCAUCAUGAAGAGGCGUGUAUGGACUGGUGUGGCGCUAGCUGGGAGUAGAAGUCAAUGCCUUGUUCUUAUGGAGGGACCAAGCUGCAUUGCUAUUGGUUCAUUUAGUUGAAUUAAAAUGUUAUUCAGAGAUGUUUAAUGCAUAUUUAACUUAUUUAAUGUAUUUCAUCUCAUGUUUCCUUCCUGUCACAAAAUUGACUAAUGCUUUAUGGUAUGAAAAGGCACCUGUUCUAAAGCCAGUGACUAGAACUAAAAAUCUGCUGCUGUAGUGAUGCAAGAUUCUUCUGCCUCCUGUAGUUUUGGGCACUACGCAAUUGUUGGGAGUUUUGAUCAUCUGAGCAUUGGGAAAACAGUGGUCAGGAAACUGUUUUUGUAUGUAAAUAAGUCUAUCUAGGGGAAAAAAUAUUAGUAGUAAACUAGUCCUAUGCCGUAAAAAGACCAAUCCUGUUUGAUGAUGUAGCAUCUAAAAAAAGAAAAAAAAAAAAAAAAGAAGAAAAAAAGAAAUUAAAUAAAGCCCCCAAAUUAAUGUUUCUUUUGUUACUGUUGUCAUGCUCUGAUAGUUUUGGCGGGGAGGGAGCAGCAUUAUCUGUCAACUUAGCUUGUUUCUAGCAUAAGGAAACCGGUAGCCGUGUUUCAGGAGGACUUUUCCCUGCCUCAUUUUACAAUCCUUGUGAGCAGCCCCACUCUGAGCAUCCUUUGCUGGGAUGCUGUGUGUGUUGUUCACAGGAGCCGUGCUGAUGCUGAGGUGCUGCAGAACUUCACAUUUCUCAGUUUAGUUGGAUUUGUUGGUUAAGAUGCUUCCUAACAUAUUGAACGUGAAGCAAAGGUAAUUUUGUUUAUUUUCUUACAAAACUCAGAAACUCCAUGUGCUUUAAUGUGUUGGGCCUCAGUAGAUGAACUAGCUUCUGAGCAAGUGAGCCCUUGUAUAAUCUUAGAUCCUAUGCCCAGAAACAAUUGCUGACAAAGUUUUUGUAGCACCAUUCAAGGUUAAGAAACAUCUUCAAAACGUGGCUUCUUCCAUUCCUUUUUUGCUCCUGGGAUUCCUUGGGAAGGGUGUUUGGGCAGCUGCUGUCUGCUGUGCUCUUCUCCAUCAUUGCCUUUGGUAUUUGUUCCAUUUGUUUCUCAAGUGCAAAAAAGUGAAACUUCAUGUGAGAUUUAACAAGAAAAUGGCUUUGGGGGGAUGAAAAACUGUUUGGUGUUUUCUCCUUAGGAGCACAGCUCUGGAAGUAGCGACAGAAAGGAGAGGGUUGUUACUUCAAAAUGUUACUGCCUGCUUGUCUGCUUAGGAUGGAAGGACAAAGAGCUGAAGUGUGGCUGCAGCGCUGUGCCAGGAGAGCAGAGCACAGAGGUCAGUGUGACAGAGUGGGCUGAGGGAUGAGACAGAGGAGCAGAGGAGUGCAGACUUCUACAGAAGCAGUUGAGAGGGCCUUUUCAGAAACAUGAGUUGUAAAUAAUGGAAAAAAAGGUAAUUGUUGGCUUUAAAGAAUGUGUUUGAGAAAUUUCUUCACUGAAGGGAGGCUGAGUUACCCGGUGUCUUUAAGAGGCUGCGUAUACCUUGCUUUCACUAGAAAUGUUAUUGGAGGAGCUGAAAUCCUAAUUUGCUUCACAGUAUAUAGCAUUAGCUUUGAGAGCCCUAAAAAACAGCCUCAGAAAGUAUUUAAAAAAAAAAAAAAAAAAAAAAAAAAAAAAAAAAAACACCUUUUCAGGGCAGAGAAUCGAAGCUUGACACUGAUCAUCUCUUGUGAGUGUGUCUGUCAGAGCACUCCAGGCAGCUGUUCCAUAUGGCUGGCAAUCACUGCUGGCACAGCAGCUUUGAAUGAAGCAGAAAGUCACAGAACCACAGAACGUCCAUCCUCCUUGCACUGUUCCACACCCACGCUGAUGGUUUGGAACUUCCAGUCAUUGUGAGCAAGUUUGUCUUUGUGGUUUGCACUCAGGUUUAUAAAGAAGUGCCACAAAGAAGAGUUCUGUGUGCUGCUCGAUGCCUUACAAAGGCACGGUGAGAGAUGUGCAGGACUGAGCAAGCUGAGGAUGUACCCAGAAAGCUGCAGUCUGCAGGAGGGGCAGACCCACACCUCCAGCCCUAAUCAGGACUCUUAAAUUAACUUUGUAUCUUUGGCAGCUUUAACAAGUAAUAAUCGAGGUCUUUCCUAACAGUUUUUGAUGACAGCCUAGACAGUAGCUUUGCUUUUGCUGGAUUUAAAUGACUGCUGAGUAGAAUCCUUGUUACCUGCCCUUUAGCCAGACCCUUCUUUCAUAUGCAACAGAAAGAACAGUGAAGGUAUUUUUUCUUGCAGUUCCUAAAGGCCAUUCUGUGGAAAUGCUGCAAAAAUAACCCAGCUUUUAUAAACCGUCCUUUAGAUGCUGCUGCUGGGAGAGCUUUUGUUUGGAUUACAGGGGGUGGAUAUUCUGGAGGGCACUGUGUAUCUUAGGCAUGAAGUGUAGAGCUCAUGGAUAACACUAUCAUCUGGUGUCCUCCCACAGCAGCAGCUGCUAGGAAACUGUAGUUGAUACACGGUAGUAGAAAACAAGUUAUUACUUAUUGUCCUUACUGCUCUGUUCAGAUACGUUUACUGUUAGUUUUUCUAAGAGCCAGCAGAGGCUGCUUUGGCAGUGCUGUCCUUGUGGAGCUCUGGCACUGCUGUCUGCACAAUUUGGGUGCCUCUGCAAACAGUUCUAAAAUAUCUCAGAGCCGAAGCGUGCUGAGGAGUGAAUGAGAAAACCAUUUCUGCUCUUUUCACUUGGCUGCUCCCAUGUUACAGCACCGUUCCGUGUGUGAGCGAUGGCGUCCCUGUGCGCUGCAGCUGUGCGGUGUGGAUGCACAGCAGUGGUGUGUGCAGGCCAGGCACCCAGUGCUGGUUCUUGUCAAGUAGCCGCAGGGCCCAGUUAAGUUAAUACUGCGUAUGUAAUGCUGAGAGGGACUGAUGUAUCAUAAUGUAAUUUUCUAAAAAUACAGGAUUGUAAUAGCUUGGUGAUGGUAUUCAGUGUUACUUCUUUUCUGCUGAAAUGCUGUUAGUGGGAUAAAGCUGGAAAUUCACUUUACAAAUUGCUAGACUUUCUUCUCACCAAUAAACCAUAAAGGGUUUCUAGUUGCUGCACUUGUGAACUUGCAAUUCUUAUUAUAACCUUGACUUAGCAGUCAGUAUACUUACAUGGUGAUGUGGUACAAAAGGGAUCUCUAAUGUCAUGGUGUUUGACAUUGCACUCACCAAGUGCAAGAAGCUCUGUGUCAUCCCCCUUAAAAAAAAGUGUUGUUUUCAUCGUUUGAUUGGAACACCUCCUUCAUUCAUGGGCGCAGUAGUGACCUGUGGAAUUCUGAGCUCUUCACGCUGUCCUUACUUUGCUUUGCAUUAUGUCCCAUCAUGUCAUAUCUCACAUUCUGUUUUCUAUCUAAAGCAACUGAGGAAAAGCACAACCAAAGAGCCCUCUGUUUGCAGUGGAUGAGCACAUAGGAGCAGCCCUCUGGAUCUCGUGUGCUGUGCAGCAGUACCAUGAGCAGCAUGAAGCAGCUCAGAGUUGCUUUUCAGUUCUGUUUGCAAACGGGUCAGCACCCAUUACUCAGAUCCUCAAGUGAGCAGGUUGAAAAAGGACAGGUGGUGAGUUGCAGUCUGCACAUCUGUGUGUGCAGGGUUUCUUUGUGUGUUGUUAUUCAGAAACAAAUACGAAAAAAGGUGACUGUGUAGGACUGGGAUUAGUUACAUGCCAUACCUGGAUGUUACUCUUCCUUGUAAUUUCUAGCAUUUCUACAAGUCUGAUUUACUGAUGAGGAAAUACAUAGAUCAGUGUGUGGGCAUUUCAGAAAGAAAAGUGACUACUGAGCGAGGCUGCCUGCUCCUACGAGCUGAAAUCUUCCGCAGGUUCGCUCCAUUAAGAGCUGACAAUGGGCUGCAGUGCUGCUGUGAGCCAUCAGAGGCAGUUAGACAAAGAGGGGUUUGUUGUUCAAGCAGGGCAGUGCAGAUCCUUUGCCCACAUCCACCAGCGAUUUCUGUGUUACCCCCACUGCCUCGUGCUCUGAAUCACUUCGCUGAUGGCUGUCAGUGCUGAAGGGACGCAGCGUUGCACUGCUGCCUCUUGUUUGGAUGAGCUUCCGAGGACAAAGUAGUUGUGUUUCUGCUACUCAAAUCUGCUUAUCUGUAAAAUUUGUUUUAUCAGUUGAUUUUUUUUAGUUUAUUUUUUUUACUGGAUAAAUGUAGGCUUUUCAUUGAAACAACACAAGUGCGAGCUGUUCAGAAGCCUCUUUCGUGAUCUGAUAUGCAUUUUUACUUCAUUAUACCUAUCAUUGGCUCUGCUGUUCCCGUGGCUUCAUUUCCUUUUACAGAACUGCUUUCACAUUUUUACCUUGGAGAGCACAAGUUUGACAACUGUCCUAAGCUCCCACAGAGAUGUUUUCUCCCUGGUCCAGGCCCAGGUUUGUCCUGAAGCAUCUGCAUGAAUCUCUCCAGUCUGUGAGUAAAGAAACAAGGCUGCAUUUCCCUGAAGCAGAUUUUGAACCUUGGAUCUUUCUCCUAUAAUGUGUCAUGGGAGAAAGGCCUUUUCCAGAUGGCAAAGCAAAAGAAGAUAAGAAAACAAAUGAAUUAAGGGAUUAAUUGAACCUGCAUAUUACAAGUUGACAUCAUACAUCUGGCUUUUCGGUUUAUAUUUCUCCAUUGGUACACUUCAUUCUCAUUUAAUAAGUUCCGAAUUCUGUGACUUUUUUUCAAGCUUUUGAAGUGCCUACAAAGAGCUGAGGAGCAGCCUGCAGGGAAGUGCUGUCCCCAGUUUUGCCAUACUUUCUUUUUUUUAAUCAAUUUUUUUUCUUCAGUGGAGAAACUUGCAAGACCAGAAGAGCCUUCUGAACUCCCUCAUGUUUGGGUUGGCACAACUCCCACGUGUAAUUAUCCAUACACAGCUACUUUCAGAAGGACUUUAUUAAGGCCGUACAAAGUCAGGAGCUGGGAGAUGACAGAGCUGAGCCGCGGGUUUGGCUGCUUGGAGGGAGUGAGAGGUGGCUCUGAUGCCCACUGCAGCACUGGGUGACCAGAGGGUGUCCAGCAACAGCACUGCCUGGCACUGCAUCAGCUGAAGUCCUCUUAAGAUCUGUAUAAUGUGGUUUUUGAAGCGUCACCUGAAUCAAUGUGGCACAACACAGAACCCACCCGUACUUCAGGGCCGACUGCUGUGUGCUGUGGGGCUGCAGGUGGAGCAGCAGCUGCUGGGUUUCACUGCCGUGCUCAUCAGUUUGCUCCUGGUGUCCGGGUGCAGUCAGCCAUCUCCUUUCUGUCCCCUGCUGCCUCAGUGCAGUGUGCUCAUAGUCAAUACGAGGCUUUUAGAUUCAGUGUGGAUCGGUUAUCAGAUCGUAAUGAUUUAUCCAGAAGUGUUUUAAAACUUUGUGCGUUGUUUCAGUUUUGGGGGCAAAUUAGAAAACAUGGUGAGGCAUUUUAAACACGGGCAAAGGAUGGAUCGCUGCAAGAGGUUCGUUCCUGCUAAUGGAACUGUUGAACAGAUCCGACCAAGGCUGAGUUGGCAGCUGUACAUCAGUGUGCUGCCCCAGGAGCAGAGCAUCACAGGCCGUGCAUCUGAGUAAUGAUGGGGCUGGAUGUGUGAGACUUAUGCUCAGAUGCAGUGCAGGAAGCAACUGAGUGUAUGCAGAAUGCUUGAAGUGUGCUGCUUCUUUUUUUCUUCUGUUUUUGGAGGUGGUACUUUUCAUCAUUUUAACUGUAUUAGAAGUUCAGAGGAAGGCUUUGGAGACACGUGUGGCUGUGUCACUGACUUCCAGCUGGUACAAACAGCCCUCAGCUUGCUUUUUCUUCACAGCUACAGCAGGAAGGCACGUGUGCUUCAGAGCCAAACAGAGUUCAGUAGUCAGAUGCUUGUUACGUCCUUGACUUUAUACAGUGUUAGGCAUGAAGGUAUUUGCUUUUGUCCUGGUUGUGCUGGCAGAGGAGAAAGGAAUCGGAGCACCAGGAGUUGGUGCUCCCUGGGGGAUCCCCCCUGCAUUCAGGCGAGGGCCUGCAAGCUGCCGGGGAACCUACGUGGUGCUUCCAAAGGGCACAGCUCAGCAAAUUCAGCAUUAAAUCUGCUGGUGAAGAAGAAAUUAGAUGGCAAGCAGAAUUAGAACUGGCAGUUUUCUAUGAGAAAGGUAGGAAAUGGCCCAACCUCAACAGUUUGGCAAUUAAGGAAGAGAACAACUUUGGCAAAAAGCCCAUCCUAUUUCAGUGAUGAAUGAGGGGGAAAAUAGAUGUAAUAUAAAACAAGAAAAGGGAAACUGACAGCAGUCAACACGAAGGAUAAGAGUUAUGAAGUGUAGAAAAUUAAUAAGGAAAGGAAUAGCCAAAGGAAAAGAAAAAUGUAUGGGCUCGAGUGCUUGGGGGGGAGGAGGGGGGUGAAGAGCUGAGGUACGGAGGAAAUCUUGGCAGGAGAUAAGGGUUGUUUCUGGAUGCAGGUGGUGAAACUGCUAGUGAGGAGCUAGGAGAACUGCAGAGCUGAUGUCAUUCAUUAGCAGUGCUUAACAUUCAAAGUUAACAUCUUCAAAUUCAGCCUAUAAAACUUCUGUCAGUACUUGUAAGGGAGUUGUCUGAGGCCAUCUCUGCUGAUGAGGGUGGCAUACAGCAUGGGGUGACCAGGUAUGUGCUUGCUUAGCUGGUCAGCCCUGGGAAAGGGAUGAAAAAGGAGAUGAACACUAACGGAGGAGCAUCGUGUAAAGUCACUUAUUUCAUCCUGUGUUUUAUUUCUCUUUUUUUCUUUGGGAUUAAUGUGGGUUGGGUGUAGCUGGACCCCCAGCAAAGCCUGGCGUUCUGUGAAAAUGGCACAUUUCAGAAGUGGUCCUUGCAAGAGAACCGCAGUGAAAUGGGGAUGCUCACAGGAGGCUUCUGCAGGGAUCUGAUACAAUUCAGUGCUUCCAAAUCACCGGUGAAAAUAUACCUAAAAUCGCUACUGAGAAAACAGUAACACAGUGAACAUCUCUGUGCUCAGAGUCAGAGAAUGAGAGCUGCACCUGUGCUCCCAGUGCAGUCCCAGGGUGAAAAACUGACAAAGGUCACGUUGUUUUAAUUAUCCCUGGCAGUGAUUGUAUUUCUGUAUGUCUCAGCUAUGAGACGGGCAUUUUUGAUGCAAUUUGGAUAUUUGGACGUUGAGACAGAAGCUGGAUAAUUGGGAUAGAUGCAAAAAGAGAUUCAAAACUUACUAAAUUACUAGCAGAGUGUGAAAGGCCAUAGAGGGAGAGAGAAAACUGGUUGGCUGAGUUUAUCUGAGAAUGUCUUGAUGACAGUGCACGACUACCUUCACGCACAGAAAAUAGCAAACACCACUCUCUCUUUGAUCUUAGCAAAAUGAGCAAAACAGGACUCACUGUCAGAUUGGAAAAAAGGCACAAAUUCUUGAGAGAAUAACUGUAUAAUUUAGAAAUGUUUCUCCCAAAACUGUGAAAAGAACAAUAAAAGUUGCAAUGUUUAUGCAGAUAGCA